UUUUCAAUCAAUACAACCAUUGAACGAAAACUAUGUAACGUUUUUUUGCAAAAACAAUCUAUAAAAUAGUAAAAAAGAGACUGAUAAUUUCAUAAUAAGUUACUCAAAAUAGACGGUAAAGAUGCCACGUAUAAUGAUAAAAGGUGGUGUUUGGAGAAACACCGAGGAUGAGAUAUUGAAGGCAGCUGUUAUGAAAUAUGGCAAAAAUCAGUGGUCCAGAAUUGCUUCACUUCUACAUAGAAAAUCAGCAAAACAGUGUAAAGCUAGAUGGUACGAAUGGCUGGACCCCAGCAUCAAGAAGACAGAGUGGAGCAGGGAGGAGGAGGAGAAGCUGCUGCACCUGGCCAAGCUGAUGCCCACCCAGUGGAGGACCAUCGCGCCCAUCGUGGGCCGCACAGCCGCACAGUGUCUCGAGCACUACGAAUACCUGCUUGAUAAGGCACAGAACCGUGAUGAGAAUGAAGAUGAUCCUCGGAGACUCAAGCCAGGGGAGAUUGACCCGAAUGCAGAGGCAAAACCUGCUAAACCUGACCCCGUGGACAUGGACGAAGAUGAAUUGGAAAUGCUGUCUGAGGCACGUGCCAGGCUGGCCAACACUCAGGGCAAGAAGGCCAAGCGUAAGGCCCGCGAGAAGCAGCUGGAAGAGGCAAGACGGCUCGCUGCCCUGCAGAAACGCCGGGAACUAAGGGCUGCAGGCAUUGAGAUCAAGAAGAAGUCUCGAAGGCGUAGAGGAGUGGACUAUAAUGCAGAAAUUCCAUUCGAGAAAAAGCCAGCACCAGGCUUCUUUGACACGUCUGAGGAGAACUAUGACCCUCUGGAUCCCAACUUCAAGCGUCUCAGACAGCAAGACUUGGACGGGGAGAGGAGGGAUACCAAGGAAGAGCGGGAUCGAAGGAAAGACAAGGAAAGACAGAAGAAGAGAAAGGAGAGUGACCUGCCGGGAUUGAUAGCUGGACAGAGCAAUUUUCAAGAGCCUGUAAAGAAGAGAAGCAAGCUGGUGCUACCUGCCCCACAGAUCUCAGAGGCUGAAUUGGAAGAGGUGGUGAAGGUGGGCUAUGCCAGCGAGAAUGCACGAGCCCAGGCGGAGGAGUCAGGGGCCCAGAAUGGGGCCACAGCGAGCCUGCUGCAGGACUACAGCGUCACCCCCGGCAACGCCGCCCUACGCACACCCAGGACACCUGCACUGGCGUCAGAUAUUCUCAUGCAGGAAGCUCAAAACAUCAUGGCUCUGACCAAUGUGGACACGCCCCUUAAGGGAGGACUGAACACGCCCCUCUAUGAGUCUGACUUCAGUGGGGUCACGCCCCAACAGAGGGUCAUGGCGACCCCUAACACGGUGCUGGGCACUCCCUUCAGGACUCCGGGGCCAAUGGGACUGGAUGGAGGCAUGACCCCACAUGGUAUGACCCCAAUGUUGACCCAGGGAGGUCAGGUCGGUCUGACCCCUGGCCGUACACCCAUGAGGGACAAACUGAACAUUAACCAGUCAGAUGAUUUCGAGGGAAGAGGGUUUGACCAGGACCCUAGGGACCAACUCCGUAGGGGCCUGGCCGGUCUACCCCAGCCCAGGAAUGACUUCGAGAUACUGGUUCCCGAGGACAUGAACGAGGAUGGUGAUGACGCUGGGGACCGACAUCAGUACAUUGAGGACCAGGCUGACCUGGAUGACCAGUCUGAGGCCGAACGCAGGGCCAGAAUGGCGAAAGAACUGAAGCUGCAGUCCCAUGCCGUACAGAGGAAUCUCCCCAGGCCAUAUGACGUCAAUGACUCCAUUCUGAGAGACGUUGCCCCUGGCGAUCCACAGCUCACUGAUCUCCAGAAGGCUGAAGAGCUGAUCAAGCGUGAGAUGCUGGUCAUGCUGCACAAUGACGCAGCCUACAAUCCCACGGAGGCCCAGUCUGGCGCAGGCCCUGCCAAGAAGCCCCAGUCGAGCCAGAAGGGGGUUGCCAACCAGGCCGCGCACAUUGCCUUCCUGAGCGAACAUCCGUAUGAGAAGGUCUCUGAGACGGAGAUUGAACGGGCCCGUGAGAUGCUUCAUGCGGAGAUGGAGGUGGUCAAGCGAGGCAUGGGUCACGGUGACCUCUCGCUGGAGGCGUUCUCACAGGUCUGGGACGAGUGCUACUCCCAGGUGCUGUUCCUGCCUGCACAGAACCGGUACACGCGCGCAAACCUCGCCAGCAAGAAGGACAGGAUCGAGUCCCUGGAGAAACGCCUUGAGAGCAACCGAUCGUUCAUGACAAAAGACUCCAAAAAGGCAGCAAAGCUUGAGAAGAAACUGAAGAUUUUACUUGGUGGUUAUCAGUCUCGCAGCCAGGGCCUGUUCAAGCAGGUGUCAGAGCUCCACGAGCAGUUAGAGCACACCUACGUGGAGCUGACCACUUUCGAGAACUUGCGGCAGCAUGAAGUGGGCGCCAUUCCAAAACGAAUGGAGUCGUUGACAGAGGACGUGGUGAGACAGACAGAGCGUGAGAGGGAGCUUCAGAAACGGUUCAGCGACCUCCAGUUCAGAAUGUCCCUCCUGCAGGCCACAAAGUGAUCUGCAUUUGUGCGUCCGUGCGUAUGUGUGAGAGCGAUGGGUGAACUGCAAGGGAAGACUGCAACAGGGACUUCUCUGUCACAUGAAUGGAUGUUUUCUCUCAUGAAAAUGUCUUUGUUGUUGGAGUUAUUUGUUGCAAAUAUCUUUCGGGGAAUGAAUUAGGUAACGACAGGAAAAUAUUUUAGGCAGUAGAAAACAUUCAUUGUGAAGAAAAUCGGUUUAUUAAAAUAAUAUGUGUACAUUACCUCAUACAUGUAUUUGAAACUCAUAUUUCUUAAAAGAACGUCAUAAUUUAAGACUUUUGCAAUAAUUAUUUACCAUUAAUGAUGAUAAAAAAAGCCAUAAUUAAUAAAACACAAAAAUCGGCAAACAUCAAUACGUUUGAGGAGUGUUUAAGCUUAGAAUAUUCUACUUAAAAAUCAUGUUGGUUAAUUACUUUAUGUAGCAAUCUGUGUUUGAUUUCAGUAGUAAAUACAUUCAACAUUG